GGCUCCCGGCCUGAGGCGGGACGGGGCGUUGCUCUGCCUGUUCGUCCGUGUCCGGCGUCUGUGCAUGUCGACGUGGGAAAGCGAUGUUUCCUGGACUUCACCUGCGUGGCGAUGUGACUCCAUGGGCCACAUCCCCUGCCAGGGCUAGGGACAGAAGUUGCACACACAGCGGCAUAGGUGGGAGGGGGGAAUCAGUGCAACUGCAGCACAACAGAAGUUCCCUGCACGUAAACCGCUUUCAAAAUGGCGGACACUGGUUCAAGAUAAACCUGGGUGGAUGUAGUAUCAGACAGCCAGCAUUGGCUGUUCAGGCUCCAGCUGCUCUUCCUGAGCUAGCGGAAGAUGUAGGUGAAAGUAACAAUGCUCCAGGCUUCUUGGAUAACAUUUUUUGGAUGGCAGCUCCCAAGUCGAGGCGGACCAUUGAGGUAAACCGCUGCAGGAGACGAAACCCCCGUAACAUGAUAAAAAUCAAGACAAAUAUAGAUGUUUGUCCUGCAUGUGGCCAUGUGAAACAGAAGCAUGUCCUUUGUGAACAUUGUUAUGCAAAGGUUAAAAGAGAAACUAGUCUCAUAAGGGCUGAAAUAAAGAAAAUAGAAGGAGGACCAUUUAAUACGCCCACUGUAGAGACUCUAGUCUUGUAUCAAGGAGAGAAACCCAGAGAACAAGAUCAAGGCAAACGGAUCAUUGAAAGAAACAGGAAGCGUCCAUCCUGGUUUCCACUGAACUGAUGCCACAAAACUAUAGAACCUCAUGGUAACAAAACAGUCCAUCCAGCAGGAAAGGAGGAGAUGUUUCCCAAUAAUAUUUUCAUUUUUUAGUUUCUUUAAUGCCAAAAUAAAAACUGUCACCCUUUGAAAUCUGCUUCACAAGCAUUUCCUUUCAUGUUAUAUCAUCAGAGCCAUCAAAAUACAGAAAAUUAGGAACAUGUUGGGGUUGGGAAGACCAUUUUUGUGCAUUAAGUACUAUAUAUUGCUGUAAUGCUGUCUUGAUGUUUUUGCAAAUUUAAGUUGUCAUUUUUAUGACCAUGAAACAACAUAAAAACAUCAUACAUGUAAAAUAAAGUAUAUAUAGCUCUA